UUUCUAGUUCUUCUAUAUUAUCUUAAUAUCGUGUACGAUACCCUCCUAAGUUAGUUAACGCUUCGCCAAAUGAAAACUUUGGACGGAAUAGAUUCCCGAAUCCCACAUGCGACAGAGCUGCUAUCUUCGCCUUCAUCAUCACAUGCUUUUUAUGCUUGAUCAUGUUUAUGGCGGACCCGCCGAUUCCCAACAGAAUAUCGCGCUUUAUGUAGAGUGCUUAUCUACGACCUAUCCUAAAACUGAAGAUAAACCUUAGAUCCAGAUCUUGGGACGUUCUCAUCAAACCUAGGACUCAGAUCCUUGGAAAGUAAUGACGUUCUGCUUACAGAUCUGCCAACCCGGUAUAGUGAGCCAAAUAAUUACUGCACCAUGAUCGGAACAUCGACUUUCGACUAUAUAUGGGUCAGGUCAUGGGUUUUCAUACUGCAUUCGAUUGCACCGAUCUGCGUUACCUAUUGCGUUUCGACGCUGUGCAUGCCGACUACCUACAGACUUUCAAUCUUCGUCGAAUAUUGGGCCUUGGCAGAGACCAUCUUCUGUCUCGUUUUCUAUCUCUAUCAAAGACAUAAACUCCAGCGUCCAGCCCUACAUCCUCCUGCCCCGUCGAAAGAGGAGCGACAGAAACUCUUCCGACUCUGUCAUGAGAGUACGCAGGACCCCGUCCGAUACUUGUCGGGCUGGUUCUUCCACGCGCCUCUGACCGCCGUGAAGCGCGAGAACGUCAAAGAGUUCUUUCGAUGGGCAUUUUUUAACACGGACCUGAACGAUCCCUCCUACGACGAUGAAGUGGAAGGAUAUGUGAAGAGCAUCGAACAUGGCACCGGAUUGAAUUUCGAGCACGGACGUGCCGAUGUCAAGUGUCUACGGUUGACCUUGGACAAAGUCGAUGCACUCCAUCGAAGUCUAGUGUGGUACUCAUGUAUCUUCGUCGUCGACAUCCUCACGCAUGCCUACAUGCGCCUCCACCACUUCCGCCACUACCGUGCUUCAAUCACCCACUUUUUCGACGUCUUCCCCCUGCGGCCGCAAUCACUCCUGGAAAUCCACCGUUCUCCAGCCCAAAAUCUGACAUACUGGUAUCGCGCUCAUACUUCUCGGGCGGAGUUACCGAUUCUGUUCCUCCAUGGUAUCGGAGUUGGCCUGUACCCUUACAUGGAAUUCCUGAAAGAAUUGAAUCAAGGACGCCGGGCCGAGGAUGGCAUCAUCGGGAUCCUUGCAGUUGAGAUGCUGUCCAUCUCGUCUCGAAUCACGUCACCUUUGCCACGGAAGCGAGAAAUGUGUCGACAGCUUCGGACCAUUUUACAGCACCAUGGGUUUGAGCGGUACAUAUUGGUGUCACACUCGUAUGUCUGUCCAUUACUAUCGAAGAUCCAUUACUAACGUCACCCGAAGAUAUGGCUCAGUAAUCUCCACACAUCUUUUGAAGACGCCCGAACUAGCAAGCAUGGUCGCCUCGGUUAUUCUCGUCGACCCUGUCUCCAUCCUACUUCAUCAACCGGAUGUUGCCUAUAACUUUAUUGUACGCAGACCCAAGCUCGC